GGCAGGCAGACAGGCAUUCUUCGGAAACAUGUCAGACGAGCAAGACUUUGUCUUUGGCCUUCUCUCACUCUCUCUCCACCUUCUCUCGUCCGUCUCCAUCCCUCCCAUCUUCCCAACCUCCCAAGCUACCCGUGUCUUCCCUUUGCUUGCUGUUGACCUGUCUUGAAAUUAUGCCAUGCAUAUAGCCUCUUCAUAAACAGUCCUUUCGCUCGGAAAUAGCUCGGUACUUGAAAAUCAUCAAAUCCUCGCCAUGAUCUCGCUCGACCUGGAGGAACAACUCCGAUUUUAUGGAGCAUAUCACCACAACAGCGUCAAUGUAGCCAUUCACAUAGUCUGCGUACCUCUCAUUCUCAUGACGAGUCUGCUGCUGGUAACAAGCUCAAAAUUGCAAAUUCCGUGCGCGCCUUAACAUGCUGAUCCUUUAAAUGCAGGCUUCCAACACGCCCAAUGUGUCGCUGCCAGAAUGGCUACCCUCCUCUUUCCAGUCCUUCCCUCUUAAUCUUGGCACUGUCAGUGCUUUCCUCUAUAGCUCCCUCUACCUGUUGAUGGAGCCCGUCGCCGGUUCUCUCUUGUUCCCGCUCAUCAUUGGCGGGACGCUCUACUCGAACCAUCUACUGAGCGAGUAUGGCAGCACGGCCAACCAAUGGGCCCUCGGCGUAUUCGUGACGUCGUGGAUCUUACAAUUCAUCGGACAUGGAAAAUUCGAGGGAAGAGCGCCUGCUCUGUUAGACAAUCUGGUCCAGGCGCUCUUCCUGGCGCCAUUCUUCGUGUGGAUGGAGAUUUUGUUCAUGCUAGGAUAUCGCCCAGAGCUGAAGAAGAGGCUCGACAAGGCUGUGGAGGCGGAAAUUCGGAAAUGGCAGACGGAGGUGAGUGGCAAGGCUAAUGGGAAGGCAAAAUGAGCAAAAAAAAUCCUCCGAUCGUUCUUCCCUCUGUUAAGAUGGGAUAUUCGUAGGUAGUAGGAAGCUGGGCAGCAGGUGGCAGCGAAAAGUAAUUGGUAUGAGAGGAGGUAAACAUGUCCGUUUGAGAUAGUAGCAGCAUUGGGACGGUGUUUAUUGUGAAGACCCGCGAGAUACCAGAUCUGGAGUUUUAUGCUUUCACGGCCGGAGUAUAGUCACGACAUCUACAAAAGUACGCUUCCUCUGGCAAUGGACAAAUGAGGCCCUUACGUAGGUAAAAAAUAGUUAGAAUGAUUUAGCCUCUAGUGAUACUUGUUGAGUCUCAUAAGCAGUCUUAUUAGGCAUUGGGAUAAGUCACGGUUUUCCCUUUCAGCCGAAGGCUCGAUCGGAAGAGGAUUGCUUCUAAAGUGUGCAACUGCUCUGGACGUGUAGGAGGGAAAGUCAAAGCGAGCAUGCCAAGAGCGUUGUAAUGACUUGAUGUGAUCGCG